AUGGUGAAUGCACAAGAACUAGAGGCACAAAGACAAAGGUUGGGACUAGAAGCUGAAGUCGCUGCAAGAGGUGUUCAGCAGAACGGCGGUAACAACCAACCUAGGUUGGUAGAUGAGAAUAGAGGAGUGGAUGGAUUGAUCCUUCCCCAGCGCCAACCAAUAGCCCCAAGGGGUAGAGCUCAGCAUCCAGCGCAUAUGAUGUAUGAUGAAGAUGAUGCAGAUUUGGAUGGAUCUGGAGCCAUUGGAGCGAUAGUGUUACCUGCACUACCUCCAGUUGUUAAGUUCACAAUCACCAGCACUAUGAUUCAAUUAUUGAACCUUAAGGGUAUGUUCAGGGGUGUCGAUGGUGAUGAUGCAAAUCAGCACUUAAUGAACUUUGUGGCUAUCUGUAAGUCACAAGAGAUUCCUGGGGCGACUAACUGGUUGAAUGAGAUGCCAGAUGAGUCCAUCAGAACAUGGAAUGAGCUGAAGGAAGCUUUCCUGGAACGAUUCUUCCCAGAAUCAAAAGAGCUGCAGAUGAAGGACGAGAUUAGUACACACAAGCAACUACCAGGAGAAGCCAUGCAUGAUACUUGGUGGAGGUUCAACCAAAAGUUAAAGAAAUGCCCCAACCAUGAUCUUACCGAAAGGCAUCUUAAACAGGCCUUUUAUAGGUCUCUAAAUUAUGUUACUAAACCUAUUGUUGAUGCAGCUUGUGGAGGCUCAUUUAUGAGGAAGCCAUUUGCAGAAAGCAUGCAACUAUUAGAUGAGGUCUCAAAGAACAAUAGAGCAUGGUACACUAGAGAUGCAGAGGUAGGAGAGCUCGGGUAUACAUUUGAGCUUCCAGCUGAUCAAAGGAAGAGAGAAGAAGAAAGGGACCAAGACAUGGCACAUAUGAGGACUCAAAUAGACUUGCUCACAAAGCACAUUGUUGCCAAGUCUGAAAAGGUGAAUGUUGUGGGACAGCAACACAGGUAUGAAGAUCAGGAUCUUGACAUGGAUGAGGAAGCUAACUAUUUGGGAAAUCAAGGAGGUUUCCGGAAUUAUAACUUUGGAAAUCAAGGUUACAAUUCUGGAAAUGCAGGUCGAAGCUAUGCUAGGGAUGGUAAUAGAGACCGGGUGAGUGGUAGUUCUAACGGGUCCAAGCUGGAAGACAUGAUGGCUAAGGUACUUCAAAAGGUUGAGUCAACUGAUGCAGGAGUGAAAGAAAUGAGAGGUGACUUCUCGAGCAUGAGUCAGUUGGUGGACUCUCACACCACCUCCAUUAAACAAAUAGAGCAGCAGUUGGGGCAACUCUCAGGCUCAAUGAAUCCGAGAAAGAACGGAUCACUACCAAGUGAUACCAUUCAAAAUCCAAAGAAGGAAGGACACUGCAUGGCCAUAGCCACCAGGAGUGGUAAAGUUCUUUCUGACCCUAUUUCUGCAGGAACUAAGUAUGAACAGGUAGAUGAUCAGGGAGAGGCUCAACAAUCUCAACCUAAAGCACAACUUUCGAGAGGAAAAGAGAAAGGGGUUCAGGAACACCUGCCCUUACAGCAGAUUCCUAGGCUACCUCCUCCUUUCCCUCAAAGGCUUAAAAAUAAUGCUGAAGAUGGAAAGUUUACGAAAUUCAUCACCAUGCUGAAACAACGUUCAGUAAACAUUCCAUUGGUUGAAGCCCUAGAGCAGAUGCCAGGAUAUGUCGAGUUCAUGAAAGACUUGGUCACCAAGAAAAGAGCUGUAAGUCAUGAUUUCUCUAACGAUGUCCAUCAUUGCAGUGCCAUUUCUACCAGAUCUCCGGUGCAGAAAAAGGAGGAUCCAGGUGCAUUCACAAUACCAUGCAACAUUGGGUCAAUCAAGUUUGCAAAAGCUCUAUGUGAUCUGGGAGCUAGCAUAAAUCUGAUGCCUUUAGCCAUUUAUAAAAAGUUAGGCUUGGGAGUACGAAAACCUACAUCAAUGAGGUUGAUGAUGGCUGAUAGGUCAGUAAAGUGA